ACUUUUAAAUGUUCCCUCCGCUCCUCACGUUCCUCUUCUCUAAAACCACUUUUUUUUCUUCACAUAUAAAUUUUUCUUCUUUUUCCAAAUGUUUCAUUUUAGUCAAAUUAACAGCCCAACUGUCUAAAAAGCUUUUCAUCACCUUUAUGAAAGAGUUUUCAUGGAGUGAUCAAUCAUUGAAAAAUUGAAAAAACAGAAAAAAAAAGUUUUUUUUUAAAAGAAAAUUGAUAACCCAUAGAUCAAGGAAAAAUGUUCUUUUAAUAGAGUAUUUAAUUUCUCUUCAUGAUGUUUAAAAUCACAUAAUUAUGACAAGCUUUAAUUAAGAGAGAGAGAUUAGGCCUUGUUUCUUUUCAUGGUUCUAACUUAUAGGAUAUCUGGAAAAAACUAGUCCCAUUUUUUUGUUUUCUUCCUGCAUUUGUUCUUUGGAUUCCUUUUUCUUAUUUUAGGUUAUUUAACAGAUGUAGCUUCAAUCUUACUUCUUUAUAUAUUUUACUAUUAAUAGAAUCUGAAACUUGUUUAUAUUUUAUUGUUAAAGGGGUUCUUGGUUGGUCGAUCUAGCAGCAUCUUCUUGUGGGUCAGCUCAGUUUCUGCUGUAGUGUCAUUUGAGCAAGAAUCCAAAUUUGUGUUGAAGAAUUUUUGACUACUUGUGUUCUUUUGACCAAAAGAUUUGGCCUUUUCUCUGGUUGGGGUUCUCUUCAAAGAUUUGGUCUUUAAUCUUGAGAAAGAUUGGAUUUCGAUCAUCUGAUUCUUUUAAACUCAAAGAUUUGGUUUUUAAAAAAAAAGAUUAAAUUUUGAUCGUUUCAAGAUUUGACUUUUUUUUUUUUUUUUGACAAAGAUUGAAAUUUUAUGUCAAAUUUCGCAUAAGUUCUUGAGAAAGAAGCCUAUUCUUUUAUGUAUUCUUCAAGGGCUUGAGAGCAAUGUUUAUUUCUACUGAAGAUGAAAAUAUGCCAUUGCCUUUGGAAAAUGGGAAAGCUUUGGAAAAUUCUUCUCCAAUAGUAUCAAAUCCAGAUUCCAAGGAUGAUGAGACUUCCCAAGAGAUUCCUUCAACUUUCACAGAUGUCAAUGUAGUUCAAGAAGAUGAAAAGUUUCAGCUUGAGCAGAUGAUUUUGAAUUUAGAAGGUGAAAUUGCGAGUUUGAGGCAUAAAGAGAGAUCUUUGGAUGAAAAAAGAAGAGAGGCAUUGAAUAAGAUACUAGACAUUAAAGGUUGCAUUCGUGUGUUUUCCCGAGUUAGACCAUUUUCUCCAACAGAUAAACAGAGAACUCAUCAGCCGAUUUCUGUUGAAUCGGAGAAGAUUGUAGUAAGAUCUGGUGGAAGCAGGAAAGAAUUUGAAUUUGACAAGGUUUUCCCUCAGGAAUCACUCCAAGAAAAUGUUUUUGCUGAGGUUGAUCCAAUUAUCAGAUCUGCACUUGAUGGGCACAAUGUAUGUAUAUUAGCUUAUGGACAAACUGGAACUGGCAAGACAUAUACUAUGGAGGGAAUCACAGAGUCUCCAGGGAUCAUUCCUCGUGUUCUUCAGGAGCUUUUUAACCUUUCCUCUUCAGAUAGCUCGAGUUCAUAUACAUUUUCGAUUAGUAUGCUCGAAGUCUAUUUGGGCAGUAUAAGGGAUUUGCUUGCUCCAAGGCCUUCCAGUCGUAAAUACACUGCAUCGAGAUGCAAUCUAAAUAUUCAAACAGAUUCAAAAGGAUCAGUUGAAAUCGAUGGUUUGACUGAGGUAGAAAUCUCUAAUUUUACGAAAGCAAAAUGGUGGUAUCAUAAGGGGAGGCGAGUUAGAUCCACAUCAUGGACGAAUGUAAAUGAAACAUCCAGCAGAUCGCAUUGCUUGACGAGGAUCAGUAUAUAUCGCUAUGGGGAUACUUUGGGAGGUAAAGCAGAAGCAAGCAAACUGUGGAUGGUUGAUCUUGGAGGGAGUGAGCGCUUACUUAAAACAGGAGCUACUGGACAAACCCUUGACGAGGGGAGGGCAAUAAAUCUCUCUCUUUCUGCACUAGGUGAUGUUAUUGCAGCUCUUAGAAGAAAGAAAGGCCACGUUCCUUAUAGAAAUAGCAAAUUGACACAAGUUCUCAAGGAUUCUUUAGGUGAUAAAUCAAAAGUUUUGAUGGUAGUCCAUGUUAGUCCAUACGAAGAGGAUGUUGGAGAAACAACAUGCUCCUGUACCUUUGCAAAGAGAGCAAGAGCAGCGGAAUGCAAUAGAGAGCUCUCAGAAGAAUCAAAGAAGCAAAAAGAAAAGAGGAUCGCGGAGCUUGAGGAGCAAAUGAAGGAAGCUGAAGAAGGAUGUACAGAACUUUGUACUCAAAUACAGAAGGCUGAUUUUUUAUUGAGUGAAAACAAAAGGCUUUUCAUGAAGAAAUAUCAGCCACUUGAAGAUGAAGAAACCUUUCCUAUAACCCCAAAGCAAAACGUUCCUGAAAUCACAGUAACUCCAAGAAACUCUGAGAAGGGACAAAAAACAAAUGUCAAUAGCUCGGUGCCUCGAUUCAUGAGUUCCACGGUUGCCAGUCGAAUAAGAGAGACUACAGCAGAAAAGGAAAUCCAUAGCAGACCAAAAAGUGUGAGAUCAUGGGCUAGGAGCUCUAUGCAAAUUUCUGGUUCACAAUCAAAUAGCUUUGAACGUCGUUUCAAAGCUCACUUACGGACUUCAAAUAAAAGAUCACGUUAUAGUGAAACUAAUACCAUGGCAGGGGAUAUUAAGUAUGGCGAUGAUUCAGAUAUCAAGCCAUCUAUCCUACCACAAAGCAAGACUAUGGCGCCCUCGGAUCCAAAACCUAGAAAACCACUAGCUCACCACAGAAGAAGGAUGUCUGAUCUUCUCUAACUAUUACAAGAGUUGAUCAAAGGUGCUUAGCUUCUUUUUUUCCCUUUUGGUGUUUUGACUUUGGUUUGGUGUUGCUGCUGCUACUACUGCCAUUGUUUUUAUUUUUCUUUAUGGUCUGAAGUGAUUCAAGAUCGACUACGAGAGAAAUUCUUUCAAGGGUUCAUGUGUUAUAGGUGUCAUUUCUUGAGAUAGUAUUAACUUUAUACUUUGCAGAAAGAAUGGUUUCUUUAGGCUUGUGUGUUUACAUCAAAAUGUCAUGUUGUUUUGACAGUGUGAAGCAAGUGCAUGGAAAAAACUUUUCAAUUCAUGUUGUAACCAUACAGUUCAGAAUGUAUUAACAAAAACUGACUAUUUGAAGUUUGCUCCUCCUCUUCUA